UUAUCUUCCACAAAUUCAUCAUCAAGUUCAAGUUCAAGUAAACCCCCAAGAACUUUCCUUCUCCAUAUUUCCACCGCAAUGGCUUCGCUUUGGAUUUGGACACUCAUUAUUACACUGGUUCCAGUACUUGCUGUGACAUGGCUGUCCAGAAUUGGCCACAACCGGCACAAGAAAUUGCCACCUGGUCCAAAAGGGUUCCCAAUUUUUGGCAGCCUCCAUUUAUUGGGAAAGCUUCCACACAGAGAUCUGCAUCGCCUAUCUCGAAAAUAUGGACCCAUAAUGCACAUGCGACUGGGCCUUAUCCCCACCAUUAUUGUCUCUUCUGCCGACGCGGCCGAGCUGUUUCUCAAAACUUACGACCAUGUCUUCGCCAGCCGCCCACGCACCCAGGUUACCAAACACAUGUUUUACGGUUCCAAGAAUUUCGGGUUCUCUCCGCAGGGCCCUUAUUGGCGCAGCAUGCGAAAAAUGUGCACUCUCGAGCUGCUUAGCACUCAAAAAGUGGGCUCUUUUAGAUCCAUGAGAAGGGAGGAGCUUGGAUUGUUGGUUGACUUUCUUAAAGAGGCUGCGGAGAAACAUGUUGUCGUGAAUCUUAGCUCUAAGAUUUAUUGUGUUGUUAGGGACAUGACGUGUCUGAUGGUGUUCGGGAAGAAAUAUGAUGAGAGUGCGUUGGAAGCGAGGGCUUUUGAGGCCGCCGUACAAGAGGUGGUGCAAUUGGUGGCGACUCCUAAUUUGGGGGAUUUGAUUCCUUGGGUUGCGGGGCUUGACCUUCAAGGACUGAACCGUCGUGCGAAAUCUGUUGGGAAAAUGUUUGAUGGGUUCUUAGAGAGGAUUGUGGAGGAACAUCUGGUGUGUAAAGAUGAAAAUAAGACCAAGGAUUUCGUUGAUGUUUUGUUGGGUCUCAUGAGUUCUCAAAAUAAUGAAUACCAGAUUGAUCGAUCAACCAUCAAAGCCUUGAUCCUGGAAAUGCUUAUUACGGCAAUGGAUACUUCAGCCACUGUUAUCGAAUGGGCAAUACCCGAGCUCAUCAAACAUCCGGAGGCAAUGAAAAAAAUGCAAGAAGAAUUAGAAAAAGUGGUUGGUUUGAAUAGGAGGGUGGAAGAAUCAGACUUGGGUCACUUGGAAUAUUUCGAUAUGGUUGUUAAAGAGAUUCUCAGAUUGCAUCCGCCAGUUCCAUUAUUAGUUCCACACGAGUCCCUAAAAGAUUGUAUUAUCAAUGGUUUUCAUAUUCCUAAAGGGUCACGAAUGAUGGUGAAUGCAUGGACUAUUGGACAAGACCCCAAUGUUUGGAAUGAUCCACAAAAGUUCUUUCCCGAACGGUUCAUUGGUAGUCAAGUAGACUUGAAAGGAAAAGAUAAUUUUCAAUUGAUUCCGUUUGGAUCUGGUCGAAGAGGUUGUCCUGGAAUUCAAAUGGGUCUAACUAUGAUUUGUCUAGUUCUAGCCGAGCUUGUACAUUGCUUUGACUGGAAACUUCCAAAUGAUAUUUUGUUAGCCGAAUUGGAUAUGACAGAAAAUUUUGGUUUAACCUGUCCUAGAAUUCAAGAUCUCAUGUUAACUCCAAUUUACCGUCUUCAUAAUUGAUAAGUUGAGUUAGCAAAUGAAAUAAAUAAAGAAUUUUUUAUGCGUAGUGCUCGACUGUAGACUUUAUAAAGUAUAUUAUGUGUAUGUUUUCUGAUCCUUCAAUUAGGAUCAUAUUUUGUAUAAUAAAUUAUUUGGAUAGAUUUUUUUCCCUUUUUUAUUUUUUCCAAGAUCAACCGUUAUGUGGAUCGAAACAUUGGA